AUGUUUCCUCUCAUGGUAUCAGCAAGACCGGCCGAGUGGGUGGUCAAGAACAGCGAGCACACUGAACCGGUGGAUGUGGGGUGCGUUGUGUUGUGGUGUCCCCGGGAUCCCAUGCUUCUUUUGCAAUUGCUGCCAGAAUCAACGGCGACUGUGGAGCGAAUGAUUCGGCCACACCGCCCUCAUGCGCCCCGUGGCCGCAAACACACUCCUGAAACCCUGUCAGCUGUGCGCUGUGCCUUGUCCCAACUCCAGGGCGAACCAGCUCCCCCCAUGCCACCAGACGACGACGAUAGACAUUCGCCGGAGCCUGGUUGA